ACUUAUUUUGUGCCAUAAAUUUCAAUUCUAACUGGCAGCUAUUUGGGCUGUUUUAUAGCCACCAAACCCCCUUUUUUAAACUGUGGCCACUAAAUGGAGGGCUUCGGGCCUGGGAAGGUCCAUCUGUUCUCUCAAUUGGAUGGAGAGCGGGGACAGUGUCUCCGGCCAUCUCAAGAAUAGGAGGGAAUGUUGACCAGGGAGCACCUGCGGCCGAUCAGAGGAGCAGGAACUCGAGCCCGAACUGAGUCCGUAGAAAGCCGGAUCCGGACGGUUGCUCCGGAUCGGUUGGAAGUGGAACAUGGAGGAGCCAGAGGAACCGGCGGACGGUGGGCAGUCGCUGCCGCCGGUUUACAUCUACAGUCCCGAGUAUGUCAACAUGUGCGACUCUUUGGCCAAAGUCCCCAAACGGGCCAGUAUGGUACAUUCUCUGAUUGAAGCAUAUGCACUGCAUAAGCAAAUGAGGAUUGUUAAGCCAAAAGUGGCCUCAAUGGAGGAGAUGGCCACCUUCCAUACUGAUGCCUAUCUGCAGCAUCUCCAGCAGGUCAGCCAAGAAGGAGAUGAUGAUCAUCCGGACUCCAUAGAAUAUGGGCUAGGUUAUGACUGCCCAGCCACUGAAGGGAUAUUUGACUAUGCAGCAGCUGUAGGAGGGGCUACAAUCACAGCUGCCCAAUGCCUGAUUGAUGGAAAGUGCAAAGUCGCAAUUAACUGGUCUGGAGGCUGGCAUCAUGCAAAGAAAGAUGAAGCAUCUGGUUUUUGUUAUCUCAAUGAUGCUGUCCUGGGAAUAUUACGAUUGCGACGGAAAUUUGACCGUAUUCUCUAUGUGGAUUUGGAUCUGCACCAUGGAGAUGGUGUAGAAGACGCCUUCAGUUUCACCUCCAAAGUCAUGACCGUGUCUUUGCACAAAUUCUCCCCUGGAUUUUUCCCAGGAACAGGUGACGUGUCUGAUGUUGGCCUAGGGAAGGGACGGUACUAUAGUGUAAAUGUGCCCAUUCAGGAUGGCAUACAGGAUGAGAAGUAUUACUACAUCUGUGAAAGCUCAGAUUUCUCCCAACCUCUGGUGGAAACAGGGACUUCCCAAAGGAGCUGCACUGGCCAUCAUCACUGGAAGUUGUAUGAACAAAGUAGAAUGAUUAAAAAAUAAGAACUUUGUGCUUCAGAGGUACCUCUUAGCUCAAAAGGUUGGGUAAACCAAGUCAUCAUUCAGCAGCACUAGCCUCUUCAUAAUUUUAGAGAUUUUGAUCAUAUCUCCUGGCUACUUCUGUAUUUUCAGACUGAAAAAGUCUUUUUGAAGCCUGCCAUUAAUGAUUUUAGUUGUUGUUCUUUGGUCCUGCUGUACAGUGAAUUACUUAAUAUGGCUCUUUUAGCCAUACAUGGUCUUAUAACUCCCACACAGUGAUUGUGUAGGACAAUGCAAAUAAGUUGCUUGUGGCCCACCAUGGUGAUUGGACAGCUUGCUAACAAUGCAAAUAAGGUGCAUGGAACUCUGACAAGGCGAUUAGCCAGUUUUGCCAUCCUGCUAGGCUUAAAAUGAGCCAUCCCAGAGGCGGAAAGGGGAGACCUCACUACUAUCAAGAAAGAAGAGCCAGGAGUGGAGUGCAUCCUUUGUACCCCGGGUCUCUGUGCAGAGAACCUCCUAGAGACCCAGGAGACAGAGAGGGAGAGCUGUAACACUGGAGACAGCAUGAGACAGCAACAAGCAGCAGCAGAGAAACAGUGGCAGUGGAACCAGGAGACCGGCCCAAGAUGGAACGAUGGGCUUCCCAGCCCACGGAGCAAGGAGGCUCCAGUGGGCAUGCCAACCUGUGGAAUGAGAGAGCUGAGAGUCUUUAUGCAAGAGGCUUCCUGGUGGAGUGGGGUGUCUCUGGGCAGUUGUCAGCAGCGCUAGUGUAACAGACCCAUGGAGCAGAGAGCUAAGUACCUUCGGGCUGAGGCUUACUGGCAAGUGAGGUGCCCCUGGGCACUUGUCAGUGGAGUUAAAGACCUUUGUAACACUUGACCAAGGAGGACAGAGGGCAGGCUGUGGGGCCCAGAGGCUCAGGGGCCCAGGGAGAGGCCUGCCUGCAGGCAUGGCUGAAAAGCUGUCCUGACUGAAGAACUAUCCUGGGUCAUUCCUGAUCCUGAAUGACCUGUUUCUUCCCUAAUAAA